AUGCAAGUACGAGGCCUAUUCGCUGCCUUGAACAGCAGCGGCAAGUUCAAAUUCAAGGCACCGGAGUAUGCUAUUGACCACCUUGUCAUUGGAGGAGGUGUGGUAGGGCUCGCGGUAGCACAACGGCUUGCUCAGCGAUUCCCUGGGAAGUCGACAUACCUUGUGGAGAGACAUGCCACUGCAGGGGAAGAAAUAAGCUCGCGAAAUUCGGAAGUCAUCCAUGCAGGACUCUACUACCCUCCGGAUUCUUUGAAGACGAGACUCUGCCUCCGUGGGAAGCGGCUCCUCUAUGACCGUUGCAAUGCGCACAAUAUACCCUACAAACAGACAGAAAAGCUGAUCGUCGCCCGCGACGAACAGUUGCUCUACAUCCAGUCCCUGCACGAAAAGGCUCAGGCACUACGGUGGCCGCCACACUCCACCCAUACGGACAGCCUGUCGUCCGUCUUGCCCACGAAGCUACUGACGGGCGACGAUGCACGCGUACUGGAGCCAGACCUAUCCAAAGAUAUCUCCGCUGCGCUCUGGAGCCCCGGCACGGGAAUAGUCGACUCGCAUGCUCUCAUGGAGAGCCUCGAGAAGGACAUCAUAGAUGCGGAAAACAGCGAGCUGGUGUAUUCCACGAAGGUCGUCCGUCUCGACCCCAGCCACGACGACCCGGGUUGGGUCGUACAGACCGUGACCGGGGACGCCGAGGAAGGAGAUGCACUGCUCGCGCGGACGGUCAUCAACUGCGCUGGCCUGACCGCGCCGCUCGUUCUCAACGCCCUCCUCCCGGAGUCGCAGCGGAUACCCAUGUUCUUCGCGCGUGGAUCGUACGCGUCGUAUCGCGGACCGGGCGUCGAGCACGUCUCCCACCUCAUAUACCCGUGCCCAGCCGUCGGCAAGGACAGUCACGCCUUCCAAUCCCUCGGCACACACCUCACCCUCGACAUGCAGGGGAAGAUACGGUUUGGGCCGGACCUGGACUGGCUGGAACCCCCGCAAGACCACGAGGAUCCGGACUUUUGGCAGAAGCACCUCGUGCCCAACGACUCACGGCUGGAACUCAUGUACAAGGCCGUCAAGGAGUACCUUCCGGGCAUCUCCAAAGACGGUUUCCAACCCGACUACUGUGGCAUCCGGCCCAAGCUGGUCGGACCCGGAGGGCGCUUCCAGGACUUCGUUUUCCGCCGCGACAAGGCAAACGCACAAGGAGAGGGGGAGAUGAUCAGUUUGCUUGGGAUAGAGAGCCCCGGGUUGACGUCCAGUCUAGCGAUAGCAGAGUAUGUGGUCGAAGAUAUGCUCGGCGGAAGUGCUUGA